AUAAUGAUCAACAACAAAAUGAUGUUGAAUUGAUUGAUCUUUCAAAUGAUGAAGAGGAUGAAGAAGAUGAUGAUAAUAAAAAUGAUCAACAAGAAGAUGAUUCUUGUAUAAACACCGUUGAUGAUGAAGAUGAAGAUGGUGAAGUUAAUGAUAAAGAAAUUGAAAUGAUUGAAAAUGGUGAAGAAUCCGAUUCAAAAGCUUUUGAUGAUGAUGAUGACGAGGAUAACGAUGAAGAUCAAGUGGAAAAUAUUGAUCAAGAUAAUGAAAUGAUCGAUUCUAUAAAUGGUGAUUCAUCAUCAAUAAAUCAGAUGAUUACCAAUGAUGAUGGUUUACAAUCAGCAGCAGCUAAUGCAUCUAUUACUGAUGAAAUUAUGAUUAGUGAUGGUGAAAUCGAUGGUGAUGAUGAAGAUGAUGAUGGCGAUGAAAAUGAAAAUGAAAAUGAUGAAGGAAUGAUUGUAACAGAUCCAGCCGCUUCGACAACAUCUAAGAAUAAUGAUGUUGUUAGCAAAUUAAAUUCGAAUAGUUUUGACAAACCACAGAAUCUUGUUUCAAAAUCAUCAUCAAAUUCAUCAAAAAAUAAUCAAUCAUUAAUUAAUAAUAAUAAAAUAACUGAAGAAAUUGUUAUCGAUGAUGAUGAAGAUGAAGAUGUUAUUGAUGAUGAAGAUGAAGUACAAGAUUUAUCUACAAAUAAAUCGACAACAAAACAUGUUAAAGAACAACAACCACAAGAACAAGAAAUGAAACAAGAAGAUAAUAGUAAUAAUAAUAAUAAUAAUGAAAAGACAUCCAUUGAAGAUUUGAUUCCAAAAUUAUCCGAUGAAUUGACUGGUUUUCCGAAAUUUUUCCAAAAUGUCCUUACAUUGGGCGAUUGUAUAGCGAUAAAUAAAAAAUCUCGUAGUGAUAUUGAUAUUGAUAAAGAUUAUUCCAUACUUGAUUGUCCAUCACAGGUCGUACCAUUAAUCAUAAAACGAGCGAAUAAAUUUCCACCAAAAUUGAAGACAGAAACAUCGGACCAAACGACUGGACAAAAACCACCACCACCUCCACCAUCACAAUCAAAUCAACAAUCAAAUAAUACAAAAAAUAUGCUGACCAUAUCGGAUUUUUAUUCCAGUUCGGUGGGAAAAUUUUUAAUGGGUAUCGGUUUAAGCCGCGUAAAACAAUGGUAUCAUAAAGAUGCUAUUAAUAAGGUACGAAAACAGAUCCGUAAAGAAGGUGAUGCUGAAGAUCUAAUGGAAGAGCUAAAGAAACAACAAGAAUAUCUGACUAGUUGCCGUGUUGCUAAUGCAUCAUAUAUUUUUCCAACGAUAAAAUGUGAACAUUGCGAUUUUCGUAGCGAAUUUCAAUCGGUCAUUCAAAAUCAUAUGGCAUAUCCACAUCAAACAUCGCGUAAAGAAUUGAAGUGCAAUUAUUGUCAAUUUUCUACACGCGAUUCAAAAGUGAUCAUUGAUCAUGUACAAUGUAUGCAUGAACGUAAAUGUUUGAUUGAAUUACCACCACAGUUAUAUGAAUGUCCUAUUUGUCCAUAUGAAUCUGGUGUAAAAUCUAAAGCGGCUACACAUAUAGCAAAAUGUUUGAAAUUUUUUCUACCCGAAAAAUUAUUGGCCAACAAAGAUGAUUAUUUUCCUACGAUAACGCCCAAACCAAUCACACAGGAAGAUAUUAAAAUCUAUGAGGCAACAUUACAAGCAUUACGUUUUGCUGCAUUAAAUCCACAGACAAAAGUUCCUCAGAUUGCUGGUUUACCACCUGGUCUACAACAACAAAUGUAUCUUGUGCAACAGCAACAAAUGAAUCGAAUCGCACCAUCAGGUCGUAAUAAAAAACAUCAUCAUCAUCACCAUCAACAAUCAGCACAGCCAUUCGAUGCUCAUCAAGCUCAUUCUCAUCCUCAACAACAACAACAACAGCAAGCGCAAUCUUCAAUUAUGGCUCAUUCAUCAUCAUCAUCAUCAUCAUCUCAUAAAAUGAAUCGUCAUAACAAUGCAUCUAAUCUGGCUGCCAAUGCUAAUCAAAUGGCUUUACAUUACCGUAAUGCAGCCGCACCACAACUGUAUAACAUGUUAGCAAAUACACAGAUUGCAGCACAAUUAUUUCAGAAUGCUGCCGCUGCCGGAUUACAAGGUCUAUCACCGAAUGCGCUUAGUUUAUUGAAUAAACCGCAUAUGUUGGCCAAAUUACAAAAUAUCACUCCGCCUGGUACUGUUUCCGGUUUAUCGGCCUCACAUCAACCACAUCAUUCAUCCAGUCGUCAUAAUACAUCGUCGAAUAGUAAAUCAAGUAUCAUAUCAAAUAAACAUCAUCAUCAUCAACAGCAGCAACAACAACCGAAUAAUUUAACGGUUGGUGCUGCAACUGUAGCAAACAAUCCAAAAGGUUCAUUUGUUAUGUGUGAAAUUUGUGAUGGUUAUAUCAAAGAUUUGGAACAAUUGCGUACACAUAUGCAAUGGAUCCAUAAGGUACGAAUUCAUCCGAAAAUGUUAGCUAGUAGACCACCACUUAAUUGUCAGAAAUGUCAAUGGAGAUUUUUUACUGAUCAAGGCCUUGAACGACAUUUACUCGGUUCACAUGGUCUUGUUACAUCGAACAUGCAAGAAAUGGUUAAUCGUAAUGAAGAUGGUGGUCGUUGUACAAUCUGUGGCCGUGUAUUCACAUCCAAAUUGGUUACUCAUAUGAAUCAGGCUCAUAAAAUCAAUUUGAAACCCGCACAUUUAAGCUAUAAAUGUACUGUUUGUUCGGCUACCUUUAAUUUGUAUCGAUUAUUCGAAAAUCAUGUCUAUAUGGUACAUAGUGGAUCGGUUAAACGUAAUACAAAUUCAGCUGAUAAUGAAACAACAAUGCCACCAAGAAAAAAAGCUGCAUUGGAUAUGUCAGCGAAUGGCAAUUGAACAACUAUAGACGAAGCUAAAGAAAUCCGUAAAUAUCAAAUUCAACUUUAGUUCAAAAAAGAAAAAAAAUUCAAUAUAUGCCUGGCACACACUGACACAUCUUAUGCACACCCCAGCUUUAUAGCUAUCUAUCAAAUAUUCUUUCAUCAUCAUCAAAAAAAAAAUUAGUAAUUUUCUAAUGAAAAUACCAAAAAAAAAGAA